AUGAUCUCACAGACAGCUCGUUAUAUUUAUGCCAUUCGGCACGCCGAACGUGAAGAUAACAUUAACCGAAAUUGGCGACCUGCGCCCGGCGAUUCCCAUGAUAAUCCUCCACUCUCGGCCAAGGGACGAUUACAAGCCGAGGAUCUCAGAGCAUAGUAGGUCACAAUUUGAAGAUUUGUAAAAUACGCGCUUCCAUGUUAUUUUCAGUUUCGCCGACAAAGAUAUUGAAGCAAUUUUCGUUUCCCCAUUUGACAGAGCCAUUGAAACCGCUUCAAUUUUGGUUGGAGACAAGAACAUAAAUAUUCUUGUGGAACCAGGGAUGUGUGAGGUAAACAAUUUUUUAUUUUACAAUCCACUUUUGUAAAACAAUUACAUCUGAUGUCAUGAUUUAUAUAAUUUUGGCUUCAGUUUCCAUAUUUCUAGUCUAUUUAUGUCAUUUAUGAGAAUCUUAGGUCACGCUGAGCUUAAUGAAAGUAAUUUGGCUAUUAAAACUUCAAAUUUUUUUAAAUUCCCGCCAUUUCUGGCAUUGUGUUGUAGCGGCCGUUAAGGCGUUUUUCGGUCGUUUUAUAGCUCUUGUAGGGAAGAAAAUGAUGUUUUGUAUUAGGUUGAUUCAAAAGUUUUUCCACAUUUUUUUAUGACACUUCAAAAUAAAAUUCCUGGAGCCUGAUUGAAUCUACGUUAAAACUGAAAGCAUAGAUGUAUGGGGCAGAACAUUGCAAAAUUUUUGAUUCGUAGCAUUUUAUUUUCUACAAGCUUCCUUUCAGAAUAUUUCAAAAAUACUAAAAAUUUCUCCGUUUGUGUCAUGGUGAAUAUCCCGGGCCCUAGCAAUUUUCCAGCCCACUAAAAAGUCUCGGGUUUUGGGUUAUUCGUACUGGGGAUGGCUGUAGUUUCUUCUGAAUUUAUUGCUCUACCUAUAUCUACACUGACGUUUUUUGUAGCAUCCCAUAAAGUUGGCCGAAGAGCCGAGCUACCGAUCAAAAGCAGAUUUUUAAAAAUUUUUUGAAAGGAGUUAGACUUUUUUGACUCGGCUGCCAUUCAGGUUGUACAAAGACAGUAUGCUGAUGAUACAUUCAAAAAGUCACCAACUGAAAUUGCCUUAUAAGGUAGAAAAGUAGCAUAAACUGCACUUUUAGGCGAAUUUUUGUAAUUUUUUUACUGGUAUGGCAAGAGGACCUUCAGCUUAGCGCGUCUAGCAACUGAUAGUGUAUGUCAUGUAGGAUCAAUUAUUUAUUAAAUAACUAGAAUACCGGGCGAGAAUAAUGAACAGAAAACGUUUUUGUAAAAAUCCCCUAACUUUUGUAAAAUAUUGGUAGAUUAGAAAGAUUCGAUUUUUCUGCCGCAUAGCUAAAGCUAGCGCGAAUGUUUAGCAUUGGCGUUGUAGUGCUACUCAUACACUACAAUAACAGAAAGCGUUAUCUCUUAGUGCUUCUAAUAGCUGCGUCUACAGGGUCUACUUUUGCCAGACCCUAAUUUUUGAUUUUUCGCACUAAAAAUUUUUCGACUAGCCCUAUAGCAAAUUGUCCUCGAUGCCAUAGAGAUUACAUACAGGCAUACCAUAUUCUAGAAUAUUAAGAAGAUACAGCCACUCUAGACGUAACGCCGGCGGUUUACUUUUUCUUCCUUCGAGUAGUUAAGGUUUAACACGGCGCUACUACUACAAAUUGCUAAGUUGUAAAAAGUUAUUAAUCUACUAUAAUCUACAAACAGCCCUCUUUCUAACAAGAUAUAUAUCAGGCCCACUGGCUUUGGUCUAAAUUUUUUAAAAUUUUUUAAAGACAUGUGGAAAAACUUUUGAAUCAACCUAAUAUCUUAUAAAUACACUCCAUUUCAAAAUGAUAGACACGCCUAUAAAAUUUUCAAUUGCGGUGUCGGGGUUCAGUUGACGGAUACGAAACCUUAACAGGUUGAAAGAGGAGGUUUGAAAACCUACACAUACAAAUAAAUUUUCUCAUUGCACUGUAAUUGCACUUUACACAAAAGAUUUUCCAAAUUUUGGGUGUUUCAAAAUGAUAGACACGGCUGCUAUUUUUGCUAAAAACUUGGGAAUAUGGGCCCCAUAGGGCCUGAAAUUUUUAGCAUGACUGUAUUGCAACUGUAUGGACUUAACUGAGCUCAAAAAGCCCAAAUUUUUAUGCAAUUGUCCCGGGAUUGCACAUAUACCUCCAUUUUGUGCAAUCUGGCCUGCAUCUGUCAGAAGUCCACUUUCCAUGGGCACAGACAGUGCAGAUGCGACCUAUGGUAUGUAAUGGAGUAGAUCCAGUCAGUUUUCACCAGUAUGCAACACAAAAAUGCGUGGAAAUUGCAACGAAAACUGAUUCCGCAGCGAAAGUCGUCACUUUUAAAGCUUCUCAAGCGGGUGCCUGUGGUUUGCACAACCAAAAAAGCUCUGAACUAUCUUGAAAAACCACAUACAAACGUUAUUACAUAAUCCUUAUGUCCAGGUUCAGUCGGGCCAACGCCAAAAAACGUCAAGUUUCCAAAAAGCCCUUUUUGACCCAUUUUUAAGCCUAUUUCGCAUAGAUUCACAAAAGAAUGGUGCACUGCGGACCUGCUGAAGCAAUACUGCACAUGCUACCGUGCUAAACGUAUUUGCAAAAACCUAAACAUUCCAGCCAAGAAGUUUUUCUUCGCAUCUAGCUUGUUUCGAAACGUAGGGUAGCCUUCAAAGCUGACUAUGUCGCAGCGGAAGCAGUUUUUGUUGCAAAUGCCACCCAUUUUUUUGUCGCAUACUGGGGAAAACUGACUGGAUCUACUCCAUUACAUACCAUAGGUCGCAUCUGUACUGUCUGUGCCCAUGGAAAGUGGACUUCUGACAGAUGCAGGCCAGAUUGCACAAAAUGGAGGUAUAUGUGCAAUCCCGGGACAAUUGCAUAAAAAUUUGGGCUUUUUGAGCUCAGUUAAGUCCAGACAGUUGCAAUACAGUCAUGCUAAAAAUUUCAGGCCCUAUGGGGCCCAUAUUCCCAAGUUUUUAGCAAAAACAGCAGCCGUGUCUAUCAUUUUGAAACACCCAAAAUUUGGAAAAUCUUUUGUGUAGUAGUGCAAUUACAGUGCAAUGAGAAAAUUUAUUUGUAGGUUUAGGUUUUCAAACCUCCUCUUUCAACCUGUUAAGGUUUCGUAUCCGUCAACUGAACCCCGACACCGCAAUUGAAAAUUUUGUAGGCGUGUCUAUUAUUUUGAAAUGGAGUGUACAUUUAGUAUCGGCUUGAGCUAUUUCUCACACUUAUAUGAAACAUUUUGUAAAAUUUUGCAUCUAAUAUCAAGUAUAAUAUAAUUUUUUGAUAAUUUCUCCCUAUUCUUUCAGAGUCUCGUCCUCUGCGAUAACCCUCCGGGAUUCCGGACUCUCCAAGAACUGAAGAAACGUUUCCCCAAGAUCGACGCCACCUAUCGACCAGUCGUUCAACUGCCUUUGCCCCGAGAGCCAAUGAACUUCAGUGGCUGUGACGAACGAGUCUCUAAAACUGUCGACUUACUUCGCGACAUCAGGAAAGGAAAUAUCGUGUUUGUUGGACAUGACUCUUCGAUAGCGUCAGUGAUUUGGAACCUCGCGCAUAAGGAUGUUUACCCAGGCCAAGCGACGAUCACCGUGUUCAAAGAGGUCGGCGGCAAGGUGGAGAUGAUCGAACAGUGCUCAACAAAACAUCUCAAAGCAACGAACAAAACGCGAUUUACUGGCUAA